AUGCAUCAGCAGCUGGGCUCUGAUAUGGUAACCUCCCCUUCCUUUUCGGAUAUGAAGCACCACGUUCCGAACGAGGGAAUCACCGUUGAGGCUUCCCGCCCAGCCUGGCCGAUAGAAAAUCCGGAUUGCAUGCAUGCGCUGCGCUGGAUGCGAUGCGGAAACGUACCUGAGCCGCCUGAUGCUGCCAGAGAGGUACCUACUUGCAUUAGAAAGAGCUUAUCUCGACCCCCACCACCACAGCGUCUGGCCUCGGCUGAGCGCAUGUGCGAGCGACUUUUCUUCUGGAAGUGGACUGCGCAGGCAAGGCAGGGUGAUCCUUGUCACCGCUUCAGAAAAGAAAAGAAAAGAAAGGCAUGGCAAAAAUCCCCUCAACAAGGCCGACAGCCAGAUACCCUGACUGCUCCCACCUACGUAGUUCUAGACUGGGCGUUCAAGAACAGUGCUCGGUUAAAGGGCCCACAGUUCAUCCCCCACGAAUUGGAUCUGACCCACUCGCCACGAAUGGGCAUCAUCAUCUUCAUUUCAUCACUGUUGAAUUUACCACGACAGUAUUCCCACUUUUGCAUCGCCUGCAAUGUGCUUAGGCCCAGGGUCUUGUUUGGUACUUGA